AUGGCGUGCGAUGAAGCUAAGCCGCUACACGCUGGCCCGGAAGAUGGUUGGCAUGGGAUCGUGGCACCCGGAUCGCGUUUCGCUCCGGAGUCCGGUCGGUACCACCUCUACAUUGGCUAUUUCUGUCCCUUUGCGCAUCGAGUCAACUUGGUGCGCGUCUUGAAGAAGCUCGACUCCGCAAUCGACAUAUCGGUCGUAAAGGCCUAUCCGAAAGGAGAAAAGGGCUGGUCAUUCCCUGGAGCCAAAGGCCCUGACGAUACUUACGAAGGCUCAACCCCGGAUAAAUUGUUUGGAUCUAAGUACCUUCAUGAGGUUUACUUUAGGGCAGACAAAGACUAUAAGGGAAAAUACAGUGUCCCUCUCCUCUGGGACACCAAGGAAGAUACCGCUGUGAAUAAUGAGAGCCUUGAGAUGUUGCGAUGGCUGCAGACAGGAUUCAAUGAGGUAUUGCCCGAAGGAAGCCCGGAGAGGAACCUCGAUCUCUACCCAGAGCAUCUACGAGCGAAGAUCGACGAAGUCGCAAAGUGGAUGACAAGAGACCUCAACAGCGGCGUCUACAAGGCAGGAUUUGCAAGGGAUCAAGCCGCGUAUGAGAAAGGUGUGAUACCUGUGUUUGCAGCUUUAAACCAGCUGGAACUAUUGAUCCACAAGAACAGCGGACCAUAUGUCCUCGGCAAAGACCUCACGGAGCUUGAUAUUUUGGCAUACGCGACGGCUAUUCGAUUUGACGCUGUUUACGUGCAGCACUUCAAGUGCAAUCUCGGAACCAUCCGCGGUAACUACCCUGUCAUACAUGAGUGGCUGAAAAACCUGUACUGGAACGUGGAUGGGUUUCGUGAAACGACCAACUUCAAACAUAUCAAAGAGAACUACACCAAGAGCCAUCAUGACAUUAACCCGCUUUCCAUUACGCCACUUGGCCCUUACCCGGAUAUCGAAUCUAGCGUCAAUCUCGACUUCAAUCGUAUCAAACCUGGCGCCAUAUCACACCCCGCAGUUCUUCAAUACCAGCAAACCCUUUCUAACGUUUGA